UGACUGGUGGGAUUAAAAUUACCAGGAAAGUAAUCGUUUAGCACAUUUUUUUACUGAAAAUUUUUUUGUGCAACCCUCAUGUUUAGAUAUAAAAACUAUAACCCCCAAAUGGUUUAUACCUCAUUGGGACCCAAUUUGACAUGCUUUCUAGUCCAUUUUGACCCCGCAUGGCCAAUUUCAAGCUUUUACCACAAAGCAGCACAAAUUUUGCAAAACUGUGACUUAACUUGCCCUAUACCACCAGACUGUGUAUGGAAACUGCAGAGAAUAAUUCAAUUAACAGUAAAAAAUGAAAAUGCACUGCCCAGUGUGCCCUCCUCCCACAACUGAAUUAAAUUUUCAGCACAAUCAAAUUCAAUUAACUUUCCAUGGCAGUAUAAAUUCAACCAUCAAACACACAAAUUACCAUAUUAGUUGACUCUUCUUUUGGUAUUUAAAACCUGUUUGUUUUGUAAAGAACAUUUUGAAAGACUUUUUUUGUUUAGAAAUUUUGUUCCCAACAAUAUUUACAUUUAGGGAAAUUACCUUGGGGAAAUUUGAAUUCGUAAUUUGGAUAAUUAGACGAUGUUAGAGUUUCAAAACAAAGCAAAAGCGUUCAGAAUUUAUCAGUUCUAUUUUUGAAACUGAAAGCAAAACAGGGCAGCAGGGCUGUGCCUUCCGUAUAUCAAGAAGAAAAGUAAAUGCAUUUAUACAUGUACCGGCACUGGCACCUUGCGUAGUCAAGUGCUCGCAAUCCUUUGAUUUAAAACCAGUUGUCCUUUAAAAGGUAGAAGAGUUAUUUUGCUCCAGUUCCAGUGAUUUGAAAUAAUUCCUGAAAAAAUAAGUAUUUUUGCCUUCUGUGGGGCAGUGUUAGAUGCUGCUCUGUGUCAAAUGUCAGAAAGCUGUGUCUCACUCAAAUGGAUAGAAAAUAUGUUAACUGAAAUAGAACUCACAUAGCGUAUACCGGAUUCGGUGUUAAAGUAGCUUGUGGUAGUUUUAGAGGCAGAAGUGCGUACAUGUACAUGUGACACAAGAAUAACAAUUGUUGAAUGACAAAGCUUCUCAAUAACAUGUGUACACAUGGAGUGCAGGGACCAAUAUAUCAGUUAAUACAGCUUCCACAGAAUUAUUUGGGAAGUGUUUCGGUCUUCAAGAGGAAAUACAUGUAUCCUGGUUUUUAUUUGUUUUGGGCUGGUUUUUUGAUGGUGUACAUUAUAAACAUACGGACAGGGAAUGUUUCCUGCACAGUGUGGCAAUUCAACUCAAACACUACAAAGGUUUGCCGUGCAUGUUUGCAUUUCAUGUCAGUGAAAUGAAAGUCUGGCACGCUUGGAGUUGUCAAAGGCAGUACAAUAUAUGUGGGAAGCAGCCCGCUGAUUGGAUAGUUGUAACCGUUUUGUCGUUCGGGUUUGUCAACAAGCUGAGGGGUUUAAGUGUUUCUGUAGUGACAUACGCGUAUCGCUCUUCACAUAAUGAACGUGAUAAUCGUGUGGAUUUCUUGGUGCUGCGUGUCAACUCUGCUGCAGUGUCAGUGAUGCCGACCAAACUAGCAGGUUUGGAUUGACACUAGGGACCUGUUUUCUUGCCGGGAAUUUCUUGAAAGUCUCAUCAUGGAGAUGACGGAAACUUCAGUUGGCUUUUUGAUUGUCGGUAGAAUCACAAGCCACAAGUGUUUGUACUGGAAUAUUUUCUUGAAUUCAUCAGUGUGCUGUGUACAUCACGACCGCGUAAAGCCUUGUGGAAUCUGCCAUUGAUUUGAAAAUUGCUUUCUGUAAACACAUGCUUUGAGAACUACAUGUACUUAAUAAUAACCCAGGGUUAUUAAUGUAUAGCAUAAUCUCUUUGUCAGUGCUAAAAACAAGACUUUUACUUGUACAUCUUACCAGAUGCACUGGCAUAAGAUGUCAUAUCGAUGUUGAUUGCAUACUUCUGAUAGAGGAUGAAACUGUCAAAGCUUUUUUUCCCUCCUGAUUGCCAUUUUCUUCAUAAACGUUUAGGUGUCUCAUUUUUAACCUGCUGAUGACAAAAGGUUUUUACACACACAAGUAUGUAAGAUGGAAGGAAAUCUUGACCGAGGGUCUUCCAAAAGGGCCGAUCCAGACUUGACCCGAGGUGACGCGCACAUGAGUAAAUUUAAGGCACUGCAGAUGGAAGACCAACAGGCAUAUAUAAAUAUGCAGACACUGAUUUCCAUCAGUGAAGAAGACAUGAAUGAUUCUGCACUGAGCGUUUUGUCUCCCAGGAGACAAUCCAGACGCCGCCGUCAGAGCGCAAAGCCGUGCAGCUUCUGCUCAAGUGUGCCGUGCUCUUGCACCGUGGACAAACUUCGGGGAAACUUGAAAAAUGCCGCGGAAAAAUGUCAGUUUCUAGAAAUGCAGAACAGGGCAUUGUGGGUGGAGGUGGUUGCCCUCCGGAAUUGGAAGAGCCGUGUCAUGUCGUAUCAGCCAAAAUAUACCAAGAGCCUCCUCCUGCCUGCUGCCACGCACCCCUCCAGGGCUUCCUCCCAUGAGGAAUUCAUCAGUCCCCAUCAGCAAUAUGUCAAGGACUCCAUGGAACUCUCCCUGCUAACCAGGCUGGUCCACACCAAGCCCAUCUGGUUUCUGCCCCACACUCAGCGAACGGCAGCGAUUCACUACCUCCAAGGCCAAGCUGUUGGGAGCUUCCUCGUGUGCCAAGCAAGAGAUAAGGACGGCCUUGUGCUGGCAAUGAAGCACCCAGGGAAAGGAACGGGAUUGUACAUUGAGAAGUUGCCUAUUCUUAUCUCUCAGAAUGGGGUAAAGCUGUCCAGGUCUGCAGAAGAAUUCUCCACCAUUGAGGACCUUAUUCUGCACUACCUGCAUCAGAAGGGUACCCUGCCAUGCAAGCUGGUGCUUCCGCCAGAAAUUAUGGCUGCUCGCAACAUCCGAGCUUUGCAAUCGCUGGCACUGUUUGAAGAAGAAUUCUGGGUAAGAAAUCAAUGUCAACUUGGUGUUCCUAAUCAACAAGUUGAAGGACAGAGAGACUUUCCAGAAUCCACAGGAUCCCCCAGGGCUUGGUCAACUCUUCCCAUCUUUCCCACAAAACAGCAAGAUUUUCAAUGGAGUACUCCGCCUUCAUCCAUGGCACCUAGUCUUUCAUCACCUGAAGGCUACAUGGUCAUGAACAAACAGCCUGUGUUUGCUCUGCAGACAUCAGCGGCUGCAAAAAAUGCUGGUGCUGCAGUGAAACUGGACAGCGGUGGGCAGGGAAUGCCUGUCGUAUCCCUGCGGAAUCAUGGUGUGGACAGCGUAGCAGCCCAGAAUAGACAGCUGCACAAAAGCUGGAGCUUUGAUGACAAGAACAAUCCAUUCAGACAAUCAGAGUUCAUGUCCACAAUUCCUGGGAGGAGUUUGCAGCAUGGGAGCAGUGACGACACCCUGCUAGCUAGCAUGGGGCGGCAGCCCAUCCGGUGUAGUACCCAAAGCCAGCAAGAAUUCCUGCUGCAGAAUGUGGGUCACUACCCCCCGCCUCUUCACAGCCCACCCCCUCCGCCAAAGGACACAAUGUGCACCACAAGAUCCCUUCAGAGUCCUCCCAUGUCCCCUCCGGUUCAUCGCAGCUCCGUGGAGUACUACAGACCCUUUGAGGUCACGCGGCAAGACCACCACCCUAUUGCCCCCCGACCGACGCUGCCUCCACCACCCAAACGCUCCGCCUCUCAUCCCCCUCAAGGACCACAUUAUCAGCAACCGCAGGCAGGCUUGUGCCAACCCCCAAACCUUUCCCAGUAUUCAUUUCCAAGAAGCCUCAUGGUACCUCAAGGUCCUGCAAGUGACUACACUAAGGUGACAGAACAGUUAGCCUCCCUGAAACGAACCAGUGUGUCAGAGACUCAACCUGAUCCAUCACAGCAACCUUCGUUUGGUUUGCUGAGAGGUCAGCCCAGUUUAGCCCCCAUUCUCAAACCUUCAGUGUCAUCGACACCACCACCUGUAACUCCCAAACAAGAAGUGAACCCACUUCACGAAUUUGAUCCAUUGUUUGCACCCAGUCAAUUCAAAGAGCCACCUUCAUCAUCUGGCCUUGUCUCAACUCAAGACGUCUUCAGUGCAACACCACCGCAGUUACCCGUCCAAGCUGACCCACAGUCCCAUCACAACCUCCCCACCUCAAGGUACGAUGCAACAGUUGGAAAGCUCCUGGAUUUGACACUUGACAGUAGUGAGGAGGAAGAGGGGGAGAAGGAACCCAAGGAGCCCAACAGAGGUAUGGAGACCCCGGAAUACAGUAGUGAAGACUUGGACCAAGAGGGAGAUGAUGAAGAAGAAGAUGAUUAUGAAGAAGGAGACAGGAUGAGAAGGGAUCGUAGCUCCUCGACGGCAGAUACGCAAAGUAGCCACAGUGGUGAAACGCAGUACCACAUUGGGGAACACUCAAGACAAGACCUCAAAAUGACGACAUUCAGCGACGAGGAUCACGAUGAACAGAGUUUUGAUAAACUAGCUGAAGUCAAGGCAUCUCAAACCAAGAAAAUCAAGAAGUUGAAGAAGAAAAAGAAGAUGAGCAAUUUCAGCAGGAUACAGAAGUAUGUUCUGCGAGGCAAAACCAAGAAGAAAAAAUUUAAAGACGACCCUGCAAAGGAGAUCCAGGCAGCCAUACACAAACUUGCCAGUAACAAGAGCAGCUACUUCAGCAUGAUGAUGGAAUGCUUCGUCCAGAACAUCAAGGACAAGGAAGAGAAGGAGAGACCAGACAUCUUGAUCCGCAACAUCAGGCAGUUCAUGAGUGGCAUGAAGAAUUACCUAUUCAACCGGCGAGAGCCCGAGGUGGAUGCAGCCAUGGACAAGUACUACAACCUGACCAUGGCUGAACUGGAUGCCAUUGUAGAGAGUGCCAUUCACCAUUACAUCUUAUUGCCACUCAAGCCCGAGAUCUACAAGUGUUUCAUCAACGAUCACAAAGAGUCUGGUGCCCUGGACAUACUGGACCACAACAUACAGCUGGCCCGGGCCAAGACCCCAGUAGAGUUGGGCAUCAAGGAAAACUACACACCACCAGAGGGUGAGAACCUGCAGAAAAUUCGACAGUAUUUCCACCAGUUGGAAGAAGCCUACUCACCCAUCAGGAAGCUGGAGCACCUCCUAAACAUAGUCAGGACUGUCUAUGACACGGUGGUUGACAAGAACUCUAGCAGGAUCCAAGCAGUACAGUCAAUGGGAGCAGAUGAUUUUCUUCCGAUGUUCAUUUACGUGUUGGUCCAAUGCGAGGUUGUCAAUGUUGAGAUUGAGGCUGACUACAUGUGGGGCUUGCUGGAACCCACAAUGUUGUCUGGAGAAGGAGGCUAUUACCUUACCACACUCAGCAGUGCAAUUUGCGUCUUGAAGCAGUUUGAGCAGGAGAACGUCUUCACAGAGACCAAGGGUUUCUUAUCUGUCAUGGUUGCCCUGGGUGAUGCUGAUGAUCAUGUGGUUCAUAAGACACUACCCGUCCUACCAGGCAUGAAUGCAGGCGAUGUCUCUCGUAUUCUGGCCCACAAGAUGAAGAUUGAUAAUGCCCAUCAGUAUCAACUCUACUUAAUAUCAGGAGAGGAAGAUACACCAAUUGGUGACAAUGAGUGCCCCCUGGAGAUAAAGGAGGAUAAAGGCACUCAGAUGAGGCCCUGCUUUGGAUACAAGAUAGAAGGCAGAGCAGUCACAUGGUUCCCUCUAUUGUUACCGUAGUGGACAGGCCUGCAGUGUGUGCCAAUGACUGAACAAAAUCUCAUCUCAAGUGGAUUGUUGUCCAUUUAAGUACGUGUAAUCACAGGAACAAAUGAAGAAAAAUUGUGGGAUCUUAAUCGAUGCAGUAUCUUCAAGAAUGCCUGAAAACUGUUUACAUCAAGUUUGUCUCUGUUUAUGCCAGCUACCUCAGCUGACCUUGUCAACUUGCAAAUGGGCUUGGCGAGGUUAAAAACUGUCUUCCAAAGAAGCAUUGUUUCUUUGUAAAUGAUCUCCCUGUAAGUCAACCUCAAGGUGCUUUUUCCACCAAGGCCAAGCUUAUCAGUGUAACUCGAGAAGGGGAAAUUCUUACUGGAUGUCAUCCCUUCUUUCUGCAGCAAAUCGAUUUAUGCAAAUUCCAGAACUGGAGAUAAUUUGACUCAUUUCUGAAAUCAAAUGGAUGGUGAAUGAAGUAGACGGUCAGUUGAAGGUCCUGACAUCCUUCUUUCACUAGCUCUAUCUCAAAGUUCAGCACUGUCUCCAGCCCUGGCAAUGACAUGGUCUCUGGUCCCAAAACCCAUUCUGUGAGCCAAAUGUUUGAUGUUUCUGUAGCUAACGAAUGAGUUACAUCAGUGUUGCAGUCGACCACCUUAAGACAAGUCGUGAGGUCACUCAUAAGUAGGAGGCUGUUGACAAAGCAAUGCUUUCGUUACAAUUCAGUUGAAUAGCUUUUAGCUUGAAUUUUGACUGGAGGUCCUGUGAUGGUCACAAAGGGUCUCAAAUACAACAGUGGCCUAGGUACAUGUACCCGGAAUCUUCAAAGUCAAUCAAUUUGAACUUAGGUAAUUGUAGUCCCAAGCUCAGGAUAAAGCCAAGCGAAGGGUUGGAAAAAAAAUCACCUGUGAAUCUAACAUUCCUGUGUACAGCCUCCUCUUUGGGAAAAUUGGUUGCUUUAGGGAUGUUUUCCUUCAAAUUUCUACACAGAACCUAUCUAAAUGGUGUCUGGUAGUGUCAUUUAAUUCACAUGGUUUGUAUGAAGUCAGUUUUCAAAAUACUUAUCCAAGAUUGGCAAAUUUGACUGAAAUGUUUCACCAUUAUUGAAGAUUAAUGAUUAUUGCAGAAAUGUUUUACUGUAAAAAUAUGUACAUAUUUUUCAGAGGCAUCCUGCCCUUUUGGGAUAUUUGCUUUAGUGCAGUUUAUUUAAUACCAAAGAACUUUAUGAAUUAAUUGAAACAUUUCAUAUAUCAAAGCAAUUUUUAUAACUAUAAAAACAUUGCAAUACUUAAAACUGGUAUCGGAAAGAAACUGGAAUUUUGUCAUGUUGAUGCAAGUUUCUGAUAAUUCUAUUUUCACAUAUUCAACUCCCAAGUUGUCUUCGCUAGAUCAUUUUGGACAAAGAUUUUGGUUUAAUUGGAAAUAGAAGGACUUCAAAAUUGCUGAAAAGCGAUUAUCUCCCAGCUUUGCUUUUUUUGAAAGCUCCUCAGAGCUGGUGUUUCUUGGUUUGUACCAGGAAUUUAAUGGGAAAUGUGUACUUGAUGGUGCACAGAUUUGAUGAUUCGUUCCUCCAAUUAAUCACAUCAAAGCGGUUUCCUCUUUUAGGUGGAUUUAUCUAUUACAGGUUCACUGAACUUCAGAGAAAAGAAACUAUUUUACAAUAAAAAGGUUAAGACAAUGAA